CCUCGGUCGCACGGCCACACGCCCCGGCGGCCGGCCAUGGCCACUCCUCUAUAAAGCUUCCUCACACACCACGGCACGGCACCACCCACACACACGCACAAGCUCAUCGCCCAGCUCAGCUUCGACUCGUCUCGAGCAAGAAAUAGCUUUCGUCGCCAACUCGUUUUCUUGGAGGAGGGCCGGCCGGCGAGAGAUUUAUUUACGGUUGAGGAGGAGGAGAUGGAGGUCGCCGCCGCCGCCGCCGGCGCCGCCGCCGCAGCGAGCUACGUGGCCGACGACGUUGACAGCUGCCUGAAGGCGACCGAGCUGAGGCUCGGCCUGCCGGGCACCGAGGAGACGGCGCCGCCGACGCCGCCGUCCACGCCCAGGGGCAAGAAGCGCGAGGGGAACAGCGCCGCCGCCGAGGAGGCAGCCAAGACCGCGCCGCCGGCCGCCAAGGCUCAGGUGGUGGGGUGGCCGCCGGUGAGGUCCUACAGGAAGAGCUGCUUCCAGCAGUCCAGCAGCGCCGCCAAGAGCAAGCCGGCGCCGGCGCCGGAGGAGAAGGCCCCGGCCGCGCCUGCCGCCGCCGCCGGUGGAAACGCGGCGCUGUUCGUCAAGGUGAGCAUGGACGGAGCCCCCUACCUGAGGAAGGUCGACCUCAAGAUGUACAAGGGCUACCGCGAGCUCAGGGAGGCCCUGGAGGCCAUGUUCCUCGGCUUCUCCGGCGGCGGCGCCGACGCGCCGGCCGUCAACCCCUCCGACUUCGCCGUCACCUACGAGGACAAGGACGGCGACCUCAUGCUCGUCGGAGACGUGCCCUUCGACAUGUUCAUCAGCACCUGCAAGAGGUUGAGGAUCAUGAAGGGAUCUGAAGCCAGAGGCCUGGGGUCAGUGAAGAACAACUGAGGUUGCAGGAUGCAUGUCUUGUGCACGAGCAGAUUCUUUUGUUCUUUUGGAUUGGAAUCUCCAAGGCAUGGACAUGUUUUCACCAUCUCCCCUUGUCCGGCUCGACUCGAUCUUCAACACACCAUGGAAACGAGACAAAGGCUAAGGACGCAACAAGGUCGAGAAAGAGGAGUGAGUUGAGCUUGCAAGGAGAGAGAGCUUUGUGCAUCAAAGUGCAUGCAUGCGUGGAUGUGUGGUCACUUUGUUUCUAUUUCUCUCUCUUUUUUUUUCAUUGCUACUACUAGGGUGUUAGCAACACAAAAGGAGUGGAGAUUCGAGUUGACAUCUCCAUGUGUGUUUGUACAAAGCCAAAGAUCACUUUUAAGUUAUAUCUAUCAGUGCUUGGUUACUUGUGUAA